UCGCCUCUGUUCCCCUUCACAUCGGAUGUUCCCCUUCACAUCUGAUUUCAAUCUAAGCGUGGAACUACUCGGUGGGCUUCUGGCGAGAGAGAUGGCAGGGGAGGACGGUGGAGUUUUGUCUUGUGAGCUAUGUGAGAACCUUUGCCAUGGCGGUGCUGAAAACAACUUCAAGAUCGACAUUCGUGAUGAGUUCCUGUCUAAAGCGGUAAUCGGGCUGAAGUUUUUUUUGCAGAUUGUCCCAUGCAAUGCAAGAGUCCACGUCAAUGGCGUUACUGGGGACUACCUGCGUUUUGAAGCCUAUGGACGCAAGUACUCUGUUGACAUUGUGAAGGGGGCACACAGGACCAGGAUCAAAGGGAGUGGCUGGAAGAAAUUUACUCCUGACUUUUCACUUUGGAAGGGUGUUGUCGUUAUUUUUGACAUGGACAAGCGUCCCCGGCAGGCAUAUGUUGUUGUUCACAAUGUUGACUCGGACACAGUUGAAGAAAGCACUUCAGACGGUGAUGCUGAAGAAGAGAUGAUAGAUGGAGACAUGUCAGAUGUGGAUGAAGACGGUGACAACAUAAAGAUCGAGUAUACAAGGGGUCUAACUCUGAAUGAUGCACAGCAGGACAUUCUCAAUGAACUUGUGCUCAGCUUCAAGUCCAAGUUUUUAGGAGUGUCUUUUGUACACUGUCUUACUACAACCGACACUCAAGUUGGACAAAUGAAAGUGCCAGAGAGGGUUGCUACAAGCUUGAACAUCCCUAAAGAAGGGCUGGCUGGGGUUCGUCUAAGUAGUGGGGAGGCAAAGACUCGCGUUGAAUACAACACGUCUACUGAUGGAGGUAUAGCCUUCAACAAAAAGCAAUGGAGGCGUUUCCUUUCAAAGACUCCCCUGGAGACCAAUGACUGCAUCUUCAUGUUCUUCAAGGCCAGCAGCAAGUCUUGCAUGAACGUUACCGUUGUCGUCAGCAAGCUUUAAGUUUCAUUUUCUUUUCGAGGAGAUAUGUUCCUAGUUAUGUAGUAUGCUGAUGCAAAACAUUGCUACCCGUCUUUUGUUUAUGCGCUUGACAAGAACUAAGUAAACCUCCCUCCUCGUUUUACGAUGUUUUAUUAUUUAUGUGUGUUUUCAAAACUAUGUGGAAUAUGCGUUUGUCGUAAUGAUAAGUGUUGUUAUAUAUU